UCGCGGCGGAAGCGCGGCGGCUGUUCCGGUGUGGUAGCGCGUAAAGGAAGCGCGGCCUGGCCGGAGGGUGACGUCGGGCGCUGCCGAACGCUGAGUGCUGCGCUGCCAUGUCCGUGGUUCCGCCCAACCGCUCGCAGACCGGCUGGCCCCGAGGGGUGAACCAGUUCGGGAACAAGUACAUCCAGCAGACGAAGCCGCUCACGCUGGAGAGGACCAUCAACCUGUAUCCGUUGACAAAUUACACAUUUGGUACAAAGGAACCCCUGUAUGAGAAGGACAGCUCUGUUGCAGCUCGGUUUCAGCGCAUGAGGGAAGAGUUUGACAAGAUUGGCAUGAGGCGGACAGUGGAAGGGGUUCUGAUUGUCCAUGAGCACAGGCUGCCCCAUGUGCUGUUGCUGCAGCUGGGGACAACUUUUUUCAAGUUACCUGGUGGUGAACUCAAUCCAGGAGAAGAUGAAGUAGAAGGGCUCAAACGCUUAAUGACAGAGAUACUGGGUCGUCAGGAUGGUGUUCAGCAAGACUGGGUGAUUGAUGACUGCAUUGGUAACUGGUGGAGACCGAACUUUGAACCUCCACAGUAUCCCUAUAUCCCAGCUCAUAUUACAAAACCAAAAGAGCACAAAAAGCUUUUCUUGGUCCAGCUUCAAGAAAAGGCCUUGUUUGCAGUCCCCAAAAAUUACAAGCUGGUUGCCGCACCAUUGUUUGAGCUCUAUGACAAUGCACCAGGAUAUGGACCCAUUAUUUCCAGCCUUCCUCAACUUUUGAGCAGGUUCAACUUUAUUUACAACUGAGGUCCUGUGAGUCUGAGACAAGAAGCCGUCUCUGUGAGCACAGCUUUUAAAUGUAGAGAAAAGAACACGUGUGACACUUCUUUUUUUUUUUUUUUACUUUUUUUUUUGUCGUUCUUUUCCUGAAGUCUACUAAACUUUCCCCAGUAUGAAUUGAGAAGUGACUCACAGCUGUUUAGGUAGUGGGAUGACAAUGUGUUAUUGGUGUGUUCAUCGCUUUUCAUUGUAAUACCUUUUUUUUUCUACAACAUUAAACAAAAUGGUUAAUAUU